UGCCUGCUCAUCUCAUCUCGCUCCAAACACAGUCCACAGUGCACCACCACUUCACUCAGCAACAGAGGAGUGAGCAGGAUCCAGCAGCAGCAAUGGAGGCGCGGAGAUCUCUCCUGGCGAGCUUCGUGCUCGCCGCGUUGGCCGCGCAGGCCUUGGUGGCCGUGGUCGAGUCCAGGGCCAGCCCCAUGGAGAAGGCAAGCCAAGGUGAGGACGUGAAGAAGCCGGACUGCGUGCCGGGGAUGGACCCGCGCUCGUUCCCGGGGACCGGCGGCGGCCACGGCAUCACGCCCGUGACGCCGUCGCACGGAGGCUCAGGCUCCCCCGGGACGACGCCGUCCCACGGCGGCGGCGGGUACGGGCCAACGCCGUCGCACGGCGGGACGCUGCCUUCCCCGUCCCACGGCGGCUCCGGCUCCUCUCCGACGUCGCCCUCCACCGGCGGCGGUGGCUCCCCGUCUCACGGCGGCGGCGCGUACGGUGGUUCCCCGUCCACCCCUGGCGGCGGCGCGUAUGGUGGGUCUCCGUCCACCCCCGGCGGCGGCGCGUAUGGUGGGUCUCCGUCCACACCCGGCGGCGGCGGCGCCUACGGAGGCGGGUCCCCAUCGCCUGCCCAUGGUGGCGCCUACGGGAGCUCGCCGACGCCCGCGUACGGCGGCAACUCCCCCUCGCACGGCGGCAUCGGGACCUCGUCGCCGACGUCGUUCGUCCCCAUGGACCCCCACAGCUUCGGCACCUGCGACUACUGGAGGUCGCACCCAAUGGAGAUCUGGUCAGCGAUCGGCGGCCGGUUCCCGAGCACGUCGUCAUCGAUGGGGACGAUGAGCCACUUCUUCGGCGCGGCGGCGGGCAGCGUGGGCGGCGCGAACAUGAUGAGCAUCCAGGACGCGCUGGGCAACACCCGGGCGGACGGCACGGGCGCGCUGCUGCGCGAGGGCGCCGCCGCGCUGCUCAACUCCAUGACCCGCGCCGGGUUCCCCUACACCACGGAGCAGGUCCGCGACGCGUUCGCGGCGGCCGCCGCGGGCGGGUCCGACGGCGCGGCCGCGGCGCAGGCGGCGGCGUUCAGGAAGGCCAACGAGGGCAAGGCGUAGAUCAGAGAGAGAGAGAGGAGUGCUGCAUGGAUCGAUCGAGCGUGCCUGUGCAUGUCUAUUUGUUGGUUUGAUAUGGGUUGUGUGCGUGGUUUUGUUUCAGUGAGCACACCGACCUAGCUGCUCACUGCAAUUGUGUAGUUGUUGGAUCCUGUUAUUUUUGCUGUUUUUUUUUUGUCGUGUGGAUCGAUCGAAGGAAGAAUAUGAAUGAAUGAAACGAACUGCAACUACGCAGUAUCGUCGUAGCUGAGCUGUUACUGGAUUCAGUAUUUGAUUGGA